AUGGAAGUGCUCCCAGCGCCUUCAAGCACCGAUGCACCAGAGGUCCAAUUGCCCGCUUUCGAAUACGGAAGAGAUAAAAUCCGAGCAGUCAAUCUGGGAGGAUGGCUCGUUCUAGAGCCUUGGAUAACACCCAGCUUCUUUGAAAGGACGAACAAUACGGACGUCAUAGACGAGUAUACACUUGGGGCUCUUGUUGACCGUGCUGCUGCAUUGGAAAUGCUGACACAACAUUGGGAAACGUGGAUAACGGAAGACGACUUUAUCGCCAUUCGUGCGGCAGGCCUUACCCAUGUUCGGAUACCCCUCGGUUUCUGGUCCGUUCCCCUCACGCAAGACGACGUUCGCACUUCAGUUUCGUCCGACCCAUACAUUCCAGGCGCGUGGCCGUACUUCCUUCGUGGCCUCACCUGGGCACGCAAACACGGCGUGCGAGUCAUUGUCGAUCUGCACGGUGCUCCAGGCUCACAGAACGGCUAUGACAACUCCGGACAACGGACCUCCGGUCCUCAAUGGGCUCUCCAACCGCACUUUGUGACGCAUACCGUCGACGUUGUGCGCUUCAUUGCGGCGAAUGUUGGCGGGUUAAUCGAUGUACUAGAACUCCUAAACGAACCCGCGGGCUUUAGAGGAGAUGAUUGGGCCGCAGUGAUACGAGAGUUUUGGAUAGAAGGGUAUGAUGCUGUUAGGGAUGCGGCUGGGGAGGACAUUCAUGUUAUGAUUGGGGAUGCGUUUCUGGGAGUUGAGUCAUGGACUGAUUUCCUGACACCUCCAAGAGGACAUGGAGUUUUGAUGGACUUCCACGAAUACCAAAUAUUCAGUCACGGAGAGCUGGAACGAUCACCACAAGAACAUAUCGACUUUGCGUGCGGAUAUAUCGACCGAUUGUCUAGCUUUGCGUCGUCGAACCUAUGGACAGUCGUUGGUGAAUGGUCGAACGCGAUAACCGAUUGCGCUCGCUGGUUAAAUGGAAGAGGAGUUGGUGCUCGGUGGGAUGGCACCUGGUACGACACAGACCAAUAUCACGACACCUGCGAGGGGUACACCGGGAGCUACCAUAACUUCUCGGAAGAGUACAUGGCAUUUCUUAGAAGGUAUUGGGAGGUUCAAGUCGAGAUCGGAGAAAGCGUCCAAGGCUGGGUGUUUUGGACAUGGAAGGUGUGUCUAUCUUAA